AUGGAGCGCACCAACUGCUCAGCUGCCAGCACUGUGGUGGAGACAGCCGUGGGCACCAUGCUGACACUGGAGUGUGUGCUGGGCCUUAUGGGCAAUGCUGUGGCCCUCUGGACCUUCUUUUACCGUCUCAAAGUAUGGAAGCCUUAUGCUGUCUACCUGUUCAACCUGGUGGUGGCUGACCUGCUAUUGGCCACCAGUCUGCCAUUCUUUGCUGCCUUCUAUCUGAAGGGCAAGACCUGGAAACUUGGACACAUGCCCUGCCAAGUCCUGCUCUUCUUGCUGGCAUUCAGCCGUGGUGUGGGAGUAGCCUUCCUGACGACAGUGGCUUUAGACCGGUAUCUGCGUGUGGUCCAUCCUCGGCUCAGAGUUAACUUGCUGUCUCUGAGGGCAGCUUGGGGCAUCUCCAGCCUCAUCUGGCUUCUGAUGGUUGUUCUCACUCCCCAAAACCUUCUCACUUGCAGGACUACCCAGAAUUCCACGGAAUGCCCCAGCUUCUACCCCACAGGAGGGGCCAAGGCCAUUGCCACCUGCCAAGAGGUACUCUUCUUCCUUCAGGUCCUGCUUCCCUUUGGCCUCAUCUCCUUCUGCAACAGUGGCCUCAUCAGGACCCUCCAGAAGAGACUCCGAGAGUCUGACAAACAGCCCAGGAUCCGGAGGGCCAGGGUGCUGGUUGCCAUAGUGCUGCUACUGUUUGGACUGUGCUUCCUGCCUAGUGUCCUGACCAGGGUUCUGGUGCACAUCUUUCAGGAAUUUAAGAGCUGCAGUGUCCAGCAAGCCAUAGUGCGGGCCUCUGACAUCGCUGGCAGCCUCACCUGCCUGCACAGUACAUUGAGCCCAGCCAUUUACUGCUUCUCCAAUCCAGCCUUCACCCACUCAUACCGGAAGGUGCUCAAAAGCCUUCGAGGCAGGAGGAAGGCAGCAGAGUCACCUAGCGACAACCUCAGGGACUCCUAUUCCUGA